AUGCAUGGACUGGGGUCUGGAGGACCUGGAGCAUGCGGGAAUUUUUUGAUGGGGAGGCCAUUAUUGUGUACCUGCUUGGAGUUACUUGGAUUUUGUCUGUGUUGUGGGUUGUGUCAGAGUUGCAAGCGAAAUAGUGAAUUAGCCAGAAACGAAUUAAUGCAUCGAUGUCGUGUGGAGAGGGCAUUCUUUUACUGGUCUUGUACAGGUAAUGUGAAGUCUCUUUUCACUCAGCAACCCCGGGCGCAAUUUUGGUACGGACGUCAAGCCUCCGGCCUAUUUAUAGCGAUUACAAUCGACGAGUGGUACAGUACAGAGUCAGUUGGUACAGUACAGAGUCAGUUGACAACGAAUGAUCAAAUCCAGUUCUCAAGUACAAAGCACCAGCAGGAAAGGCAUACUGUUUGGGGUCUUUUUGACAUGUGCAAAAAAAUGGCAUGA